CGACCGGCUGCUGCAGCGCGCCCGCGGCUUCGCCCUCGCCGUGGACUCCUACAGCGUGCACCGUCUCCUCAUCACGACCGUGCUCGCCGCCGUCAAGUUCAUGGAUGACGUAUGCUACAACAACGCCUACUUUGCCAAGGUCGGGGGCAUCAGCCUGGUCGAGAUGAACUACCUGGAGGUCGACUUCCUGUUCGGCGUCGGGUUCGACCUCAACGUCACGCCGGAGACAUUCGGCCACUACUGCGCCGUGCUCCAGUCCGAGAUGCUCUGCGCGGAGGCUGCUUCUGCGCCGCCGAGGCUGCAGCACUGCUGCCUCUCUGAAUCCGAGGACGAUGCCGCCAGCUGCGGCAGCCAGCAGCAGCUGGCGGCAUGAAGCCGCCGGCCGGCCAGCACCGCGCUUGGAAGCAAGUUGGCAUCACAUGGCCGGUUGCAUGAUGCAUGCAUUUCUGUUAGUCUGUGUGUUUAAAUUUGUAGUGCUAGUUAGCUAGCUAGGUGGUCGUCGCCUUCCUACAUGCCUUGCUGCAUGAUGCUUGCAACAAUGCUUUCACGUAGUGCACUCGUCCUUAGUUUUCGUUUGUUGUGGUGGUGUAGGUAGGUAAGUGAAACACUAGCGUGCUCCGCUGUGUCGGAUUUUCUCUUGUGAAACAGAUUGUACAGUCUUGAACCUGUUGGUAACUUUAGCAUUCCAUAUGUAUAUAUUUUCACAUUGGGUUAUAGUGAUACUGAUGCCAGAA